AGCAGCCUCGGUUAUUCGCACCACCUCCAAAUCAUGCAAGGCACAGGGUAAGAGCAAAGACAAGGUGGCUGUGGCCGAUGUCCACCCUCUCGGGGCGUCCCUUCUCUUCUCUCCUCCUUGGGCAGGGAGACCAUCGGGGUGCAACCUGGCUGGGGCGGGGAGGAGGUGCAGGGCCUGGCCGGAGCUGACCUGGCCACGGGCAGGGGACAGCGACCUCCUGGGCCGGGGCAGGUGAGCACGGCGCAGGCCAGGGCCCGGCGUGUCCCCGGUGCGCGCGAGCGGCCAGCAGAGGGCGCCAGAGAGCCAGGAGCGGCCCGCGGAGGAGCCCGCGCCCGCCCGGAUGCCCAGCUCUGCGCCGCGCGGACGCACCGAGCCCGCGCUAAGACGCUCGCUCCGCCGAGAGGCCGCUCGCGCCGGGUCCUUCCUCUUCCCCAGGUGCAGGCAGAGCCCCCGGAGCCAUGGCCAGCCCUUCCCGCAGCUCCGAAGCCACUGGCAAGCCCCGAGGCAGGGAUGGCCGGCCCAGGAGGGAGGAGGACAACGUCCCUCCGGAAGAGAAGAGGCUGCGGCUGGGGCUGGAGGGGGGAAGCGCACAGCCCGAGGACUGCGAGGACGGGGAGGACGCGCCGCGGCCGGGCAGGGAGGAGACCGGCACCCAGACAGGUGGCGACGGCAGAGGAGCAGAGAGCUGAUCAAAACAGCAAAAGCAAAGCAGUGCCCCUGGCCCAGUUCUGAAGCCAACCUUCUUUA